UGUCGUUUACCGGCCAACACGAAUGUCGGAACAAUUACAUCAUUAUCAUCUGGUGACACAAUCUCGAAUGUUAUUGAUAGUAAUAUUGAUACGACAACUAUGUUAACAGAUGAUAAUAAUUAUAAAUGUAAACAACGUAUUAGUCAAUAUGCAUAUUCAGAUUCGGAUUGCCUUGGUUCAAAUGGUGAUUAUGAUAAUUGUUAUUACCAACAAUAUAUCAUCGAUAAAUGA